CACUCUAGUGGCUGUGACUGCAGACGGAGGAGAAGGGGGCCAGUUUCUUGUUUUAUCCCAAAGCCAUUCUCCACUUGGAGCAGCACUGCCGGGUGCGGCCGAGGGCCCAGGGAGCUGGUGGCAGGUUUCUGUUUUCCAGGCUUGACCGCUCUGGCCAUCCGUCAGUACCACAAUGAAAUAUGUGGCGGACAUCAAGAAGUCCCCGCCGCACCUCCUGAAGAAAUUUGCAGUGUGCGACAUUCCUCUGUACGACAUCUGUGACUACAACGUCUCCAGGGACCGGUGCAAGGAGCUCGGGUGCUGCUUUUACAAAGGCAUCUGCUACGAGAAAGCGGUUCCCAUUUACGUGCAGGUGUUCUCUGCCUUGAUCGUGAUCGUUGCGGGGGCUGUCAUCAUCACCGUCAUCUACAGAGUUGUUCAGGAGAGCAGGAAAGAGAAGGAGGCAGCCCCAGAGGCCGCCACCUCACUCAAGUCCAGCGAGCACGUCGAGGCAGCCGGAGCCAGUGAUGCGGGGCCGGAGGCUGCCAGCGCGCCCUCAAAGAAGAGCGGCGAGGAGGAGGAGGUAGCAUUAACAGUAUCCGAAGAAGAAGGAGGAGAAGAGGAAGACGAAGAAGAAGAAGCAGAGGGCUGAGACGCCAGUGGCGGAAGAAGCGAGCUUGGCAGAAACACCCAGACAAGAAGGCGCGGCCAGCGCCGCUCAACGUGCGACACAAGACACCGAUGAGGGAAAAUAAAGCUAUUUUGAAAGUUG